AUGCAUGGUGUUCCAGAUGCGGGCAGCACGCGAGUCAAGGCAAAGAACCCAGUUGUGGAGCUGGAUGGAGACAUGAUGACUGACCAUGCGGGCAGCACGCGAGUCAAGGCAAAGAACCCAGUCGUGGAGCUGGAUGGAGACGAGAUGACUGACCGUGAUGCGGGCAGCACGCGAGUCAAGGCAAAGAACCCAGUUGUGGAGCUGGAUGGAGACGAGAUGACUGACCAUGCGGGCAGCACGCGAGUCAAGGCAAAGAACCCAGUUGUGGAGCUGGAUGGAGACGAGAUGACUGACCGUGAUGCGGGCAGCACGCGAGUCAAGGCAAAGAACCCAGUUGUGGAGCUGGAUGGAGACGAGAUGACUGACCGUGAUGCGGGCAGCACGCGAGUCAAGGCAAAGAACCCAGUUGUGGAGCUGGAUGGAGACGAGAUGACUGACCAUGCGGGCAGCACGCGAGUCAAGGCAAAGAACCCAGUUGUGGAGCUGGAUGGAGACGAGAUGACUGACCAUGCGGGCAGCACGCGAUUCAAGGCAAAGAACCCAGUUGUGGAGCUGGAUGGAGACAUGAUGACUGACCAUGCGGGCAGCACGCGAGUCAAGGCAAAGAACCCAGUUGUGGAGCUGGAUGGAGACGAGAUGACUGACCAUGCGGGCAGCACGCGAGUCAAGGCAAAGAACCCAGUUGUGGAGCUGGAUGGAGACGAGAUGACUGACCAUGCGGGCAGCACGCGAGUCAAGGCAAAGAACCCAGUUGUGGAGCUGGAUGGAGACGAGAUGACUGACCAUGCGGGCAGCACGCGAGUCAAGGCAAAGAACCCAGUUGUGGAGCUGGAUGGAGACGAGAUGACUGACCAUGCGGGCAGCACGCGAGUCAAGGCAAAGAACCCAGUUGUGGAGCUGGAUGGAGACGAGAUGACUGACCAUGUGGGCAGCACGCGAGUCAAGGCAAAGAACCCAGUUGUGGAGCUGGAUGGACACGAGAUGACUGACCAUGCGGGCAGCACGCGAGUCAAGGCAAAGAACCCAGUUGUGGAGCUGGAUGGAGACAUGAUGACUGACCAUGCGGGCAGCACGCGAGUCAAGGCAAAGAACCCAGUUGUGGAGCUGGAUGGAGACGAGAUGACUGACCAUGCGGGCAGCACGCGAGUCAAGGCAAAGAACCCAGUUGUGGAGCUGGAUGGAGACGAGAUGACUGACCGUGAUGACUGA